AUGGCGACGACGACGACGACGACGGCAGCGCUGCGCGCGCUGGACAGGCAGAUCGCCGACCUCAUGCAGCAGAAGGCCGAGCUGCAGCAGCGGCUCGAGCGCGAGACGCUGGGCGCGCGUCCUGCGCCAAUGAGCGCCGACGUCGUGGCCAGUAAUCCAUACAGCCGCUUGAUGGCGCUCAAGCGCAUGGGAAUCGUCUCGAACUACGAAGCUAUUCGCCAGCUGUCUAUUGUGAUUGUCGGACUCGGGGGCAUUGGAUCGGUGGCAGCUGAGAUGCUGACGCGGUGCGGCAUUGGCAAGUUGGUCCUCUACGACUACGAUACGGUCGAGCUGGCGAACAUGAACCGCCUGUUCUUCCGGCCCGAGCAAGUUGGCAUGACCAAGACUGCUGCGGCCAAGCAGACGCUGCAUAGUAUCAACCCCGACGUGGUCUUUGAAGAGUAUACGAUGGACAUUACCACAACGACGAACUUUGAGCAGCUGUUGGAUCGGAUUGCGCAUGGCGGCGUCGAGGAUGAUUGCAAGGUGGACUUGGUCUUGAGCUGCGUGGACAACUACGCAGCUCGCACUGCGCUGAAUCAAGCGUGCAACGAGCUGAACCACGUGUGGAUGGAGUCGGGCGUGUCGGAAGACGCCGUGUCUGGACACAUUCAGUUUUUGCUACCAGGACGCACAGCGUGUUUCGAGUGCUUGCCGCCCCUCAUUGUAGCGAGUGGCAUUGACGAGUCGACGCUCAAGCGGGAAGGCGUUUGUGCCGCCUCGCUACCGACAACCAUGGGACUUGUGGCCGCUAUGCUCGUGCAGAAUGCACUCAAGUACCUCCUCGGGUUCGGCCAAGUGUCGUAUUACUUGGGCUAUAGCGCGCUGACAGACUUUUUCCCGUCUGACGUGAUGCGGCCGAACCCCGAGUGCUCGAACGCACAGUGUCGCAAACAGCAAGCGGUAGCUGAGCAUAUUGGCUGGACGCCAAUGGUCUGGAAAGCGGGUCGUCAUGACGGUCAUGAGAAUAUUGUUGUGGAGCACGACGACAAUGAGUGGGGAAUUGAGCUCGGUGCCGACGACGAUAGCACCACUUUGGAGAGCAUAGAGACUCCUGCUGAGGCAACAGCGAAGCUGGCCCCAGGUCUGUCGUUUGCGUACGAUCGGUCUGCUGGGGCACCGACUGCUGCUGCUGAAGACCAGACGGAUUCAGUUGCAAAGGAGGACGUUAGCCUCGAGGACCUCAUGGGGCAACUGAAAUCGCUAUAG